GAGUUGCCGUAUUGAAUAAUGUAAUCGCGUAUUCGGCAGUAAAUACUAAAUCCCAACGCACCUGUCCUAUGCUUUAAUAAUACAUGCAGUUCCCUAAUCCCCACUUUCCCAAACACCUUACUCCAUAGUCCGUUCGUUAUAUUUUAAUGUCGUGAUUUUUAGUAGUUCGGUAAAUCGUUUUAAUAGUUUUACAUUCGGUUGUUACUAUUAUCAUUCUCGCUGUCGUCGUUCCAUCGAUCGAUACAUUACGCAUAUUAUACAAUUCAGUAUAGUUUCCGGACCGGACUCAAGACGCGUAUCGGGUUUGAUUGUGCGACGUGCGUUAUCCAGCCAAAGACGAAUGUGAUAAUCGUACACGCGAUGCACCCUAAUCUUGCAACAACCUAACCGGAAGUGCGAUUGACCAACAAUGGGCCGUUUAGUUGGUCGUGAAGAUGCAGUCGGAGAUGACGCCUGCCCUUCACAACGGGAAAUCGAUUUUCAACCGUAGUAAUUACCCGUAGCCCCGAACACGUACAUUGAUUUCAUGGAAUUUUGUAAAUAUUUGUUGCUCACCAUUUUCCUGUUUCAAUUGGUUUCAGUUGGAGCAAGACAAGCAUUUGAUUUUCUCGGAUUUAUGUGGGGAUCUGUACUAGCAAAUUUCUUUGAACUUUUGUUCAUUAUUUUUGGAAUAUUUGGUGUAGUGCAGUCAGAUGUAUUAUACUUAUUAUCAUAUUCAGCAUGGAGUAUUGUUUGGUGUAUUUGGAAUAUAUUUGUAGUUUUAUAUUAUUUGGAAUUGCCAAUUUUUAGUAGUAGCUUUGAUGUUAUGAGCCUUGGUGCAGAUAGUGUUAGUUGGUGGGAAUCUAAUGGCCCUGGUUGCAGAGUAUUUUUUUAUCCAAAUCACACCGGUAUUGAAGAAGAUGCUAUUAAGCCAAUUAGACCAGAUUUGAUCACUGGAUGUGUUCUAGAUUAUCAAAAAAUUGAAACGGCUCAAGCAUCCUUACAAAUACUUUUUGCUGUUUUUGGUAUUCUUUGUAGCUUGUAUGUAUCAUGUUGUUCAAAAUCUAGAGAUGAAGGAAUUUACUACAAGAGUAAGCAACCAAAAAAUAUUACACCAAUAUAUUCUAUUGAAUAUAGUUCACGUCGAGGAGAUGAAAUUGAAGAAAUAAGCACUAUCAGUGGCAGCGAAGAUGGUGAUUUAGAUGCACAAAGUUCACAAAGUAAACCCAUGACACCCAGACGAGUAAAACGAAGAAGUGUAACUUCAAGGGGUACACUACCUCCUCCACAUCAAGCUCCACCGCCAUAUCUUAGACGUCAAUCUAGCUCUCAAUAUUCUAGUCGAAGACAUAAAAAUCCUGUUUCUAGGCUUAUCCAACAACAGUAUUCAAAUAACGGUUUAAACGAUUCAUCAACAUCAAAUGAUUCAAGUCACCCAUUGUUCCCAGAAUGUCGAGUUGAAUUAAGACAUGUUAACCGAGGCAUUGUGAAUCCUGCUUUAGAUACAGAAUCUGAACGUCCAACAUCAGCACGUUCAACAUAUUCAAAUUUCCAUGGAGCACGAGGUCGGCCUAGACAAGUUAGCACUCAUUCAACUUUUUUUGCCCCAUCAGAACAGCCUCCACCAGCUUAUCGUAGUAAUGCUUCUGUUAAUUCUGAAACUGUUAUAUGAUUUAGAACAAUUGUAAAAAGUGUAGUUCAAAGUAGAUACAAUUUUAAGAUCUCAUUUUUAUUUUAAACAAUGUUACUACUUAAAUAAAAAAAUAGUAGUGGUUUGUUAUGCUACCUUUAUCAUUUUUUUUUUUACGUUCAAUAUUUUUGGAAA